AUGGCAAUACUUUGUGUAGGAUCACCCGAGGUGAUGACUCUUGUGUACAAGGCGGUGCAGAGGGGGUAUGCUGUCGUGGCAGUGGGCGCGCACCGCGGCGGCGACAAGUGGCGCUGCUAUCAGACCCACUGGCCCCCCGAGGAAUAUCAUGAGAUCUCAGGGAUAAUCAAGGUUAUGAAGCACCUCAUGACGGAGCGGAAGUGGUGGCAUCUACCCCGCUAUGCCUUUGGCUCUUCCUCUGGCGGCUGCAUUGCUCUGGAGCUCGCCCUGCGCUUCCCCCUGCAGGCAAGCCUCUCCUCUCAACUCCAAUAUUUUCCGCCCAUCUCUCGUUUUCUAGAUUUUGCCGGGACAGUGACAAGGAAGAUUGAGUUGAAGCCAUACGCGCUGACGCCGCAAUUCUUUGCCGGCCGCAUGCGCGGAGUGAGCGCAGAGAUCUCGCAGCAAAUCUUUGCCCGGCUGCAAGCCAUCCAUGUCAUCGAUGAGAAUGGGUUGUGCAUCUGGGAGAAGUGUGAGAACUGCUGGGAUCCGCUCUAUGAGACGGUGAAGAGUUCGCUGUGGGACCUCUUUCCACAGUGGGAAGACCUGCACUAUGAUGCAGCCUUCAAGGAGAUGCUGUGGGCAAGCGAGGGAGUGCAUGAGACGACAUCAGAGUACACGGAUGACAUCAUCGACUUCUUUGAGGACACGGUGUCGGCCGCUCCGAGUAUGGCGGCCGAUCACCCGGCGCUUCACGGCGGCAGCGCAGCGCAUGAGAGCCUGGCUGCAGCGGCGUUCCUGGACGGCCGCAAGUCUAUCCUGCCUGACAUGCAGCGGCCCAACCAUCGCAGGAUGAAAGCUCUGCACGACUGA